AGGAUUUCACAACAUUCGACACUUGGGCACACUGGUGCUCAGUUUCUUUGUGCGUGCUGUACACCUUUCUGUGAAAAAGUGAAGAAACCUUUGACAAGAGUUUUUAUUACUGGUUGGUUGCAAACAAUUUAUACUAUAAUGGCUGAUAUAAACGACUCCAACGGAAACUACGACGACUGCGAUGAGAUCACCGAGCCAGAGCAGCUGCGUAAGCUGUUCAUCGGUGGACUGGACUACCGCACCACGGACGAAGGCCUGAAGGCGCAUUUCGAGAAGUGGGGCAACAUCGUGGACGUGGUGGUGAUGAAGGAUCCCAAGACCAAGCGCUCGCGCGGCUUUGGUUUCAUCACCUACUCUCAGUCCUACAUGAUCGAUAAUGCCCAGAAUGCGCGCCCGCACAAAAUCGAUGGACGCACUGUAGAACCGAAGCGGGCUGUUCCCCGCCAGGAAAUCGAUGCCCCGAAUGCGGGUGCUACCGUAAAGAAACUGUUCGUCGGUGGACUGCGCGACGAUCACGAUGAGGAGUGUCUGCGGGAGUACUUCAAGGACUUUGGUCAGAUCGUGGGCGUGAACAUUGUUUCUGACAAGGACACGGGUAAGAAGCGAGGCUUCGCCUUCAUCGAGUUCGAUGACUACGAUCCCGUGGACAAAAUCAUCCUGCAGAAGAACCACACCAUUAAGAACAAGAGCCUCGAUGUUAAGAAGGCUAUUGCCAAGCAGGACAUGGACCGCCAGGGCGGUGGCGGCGGAGGAGGAGGUGGCGGCCGUGGUGGUCCCGGCGGUCGGCCUGGUGGUGGACGCGGUGGCGAUCGCAACCAAGGCGGAGGCGGCGGCGGUUGGGGCGGAAACAACCGUCAGAACGGCGGCGGUAACUGGAACGCCGGCGGCGGUGGUUUCGGCAACAACGGUGGCAACUUUGGCGGCCAGGGUGGCGGUGCUGGUGGCUGGAACCAGCAGGGCGGCGGCGGUGGUGGUGGCGGCCCGUGGAACAACCAGGGUAACAAUGGCUGGAACAAUGGUGGUGGUGGCGGCGGCGGUGGUUACGGAGGCGGUAACAGCAACGGCAACUGGGGCAGCAACGGAGGAGGUGGAUUCGGCAAUGACUACCAACAGAGUUAUGGAGGUGGACCCCAGCGCAACAACAACUUUGGCAACAACCGGCCGGCUCCCUACAGUCAAGGCGGCAGCGGUGGUUUCAACAAAGGUAACCAGGGUGGUGGACAAGGCUUUGGCGGUAACAACUACAACUCUGGAGGCGGCCAGGGCAAUAUGGGCGGCGGCAAUAGACGUUACUAGACAAGGUAAUCACACGUAGAGAGGCAGAGUCAGUACAAGCUAGACAAGCAGACAGUCUAGGCAGGCAGAUGCAGAUGCACUCUUGAUCACAAGCUCAAGCUCAGGCAGAGGCACAGGCAGGCAAUGGGAGGCAGGUGUGAGUGUGUGUCAGACCAGGCAGACAAGAUCAGAGAACCCGUACCAGAUCCAGAUGCAGGCGCAGGCCAGGAAUGCAGGUGCAAGCAAGAUUUUCAGGCCUGGUCAAGAGUGAACCGGCAGAACGGCAGUCUGUACAAUAAAACAAAACAAAAAAAAAAAGAAAGAAAAAACUCCAAAAUCUAAGAAAAGAAUGCAUGCAAAAGCCAAAAGUGAAGAGCCAGCCAAUAACGAGAAUAACGAACAAUACUAACUCCGUUUGUUCAAAGGUGUACUGAUACUGUCUCUCUUUUGUAAUAUUUAAUUCGCUGAUCAAUUCAUGUUUAGGAUCUUAAGAACCUUGAACUCUUAGUUUUAACUAUAAUAACGAAGAGAUAAAAAAUUUUAAAGAAAUUAAUCGAAAACCCAACCAAUAACAACAAAUUUGAUUAAACUAUAAUUUUAUUUCUUAAAAAAAGACUACCACAUAAUAGAAGCCAUUUGAGUUUUCAACCCAAAAAAAAAAACAUAAAUCGGUUGAAAAUAAUAAAAAGGGUGUAAUAAGGUAGAGUAACAUGAAAUAUGUUACUGUAUGCCGGGAUGCGGUGGAUGGCCCACAGCUAGAUGUAUUUCCAUUUGUUUAUUUAAUAGCAAGAGCAAUUGUAUAAAUUCAAAUAGUAUCAUAUUUUGUAAUCAAUUUUUUGUACGAUUAAGAACUUUUAUAUAAUUUAAUAUAUCAAGGCAACAUCUAUAAUUCCAAUUCCAAAUGGGUAUGCAAACAACACACACAUCUCUUAGAAUUGCAGAUAUGUACUAGCAAUGACUUACUAAUGAAACAUACCAACUUUGUUAGUCCCUAAGAAGAAACCAAACGCUAUGAAAGAAACAACCAACUUACACAAAAAGUAAUCCACACAUUUUCUGUAAUUAGUUCGUUUCGAGACAGAAACCGAAACGUUGGCGAUAAUAAGAUAAAGGAAAAUAAAAAUAUAACCAAUGUUACCCACCCGAAA